AACUCACAGUUAGCCUUACAGUCUUGGAGGGAGGAUCCUUUUCCUCAGAGCAAGUUCAAUUGGCUUAAACAAAUACGCAUUGUUUUUCCUUUUUCCCUAUUCAACCAACGUGGAGUAAGACAUAUUCACUGUUUGCUUACAUCUUAUCACAUUUAAUCUAAAGAUGUGGUUGUGGAUUCUAACAGGCUUUAACAUCAUCAUAACCUCACAUGGGUAUUCAAGUGGAAUCUUCCCACAGUCGUGUGUAGAUAUGAGACCCCAACACGGCAGUUUUCAGCCUAGUAAAGAUGACCCCCCUUUUUAUAUCUCGUACGAGGAGGGCGCUGAGACAGAAUCCUUUACAGUUUCUCUGCACGCCAACAAAUCCAAAAGUUUUAGAGGAUUCAUGCUGGCGGCUCGAAAUGAAGGCGACGAAGCUGUUGGCAAAUUUAUUGCAAUUAAUGGUGGAGAGACACGACUUCUGAAUUGUAAUGGUCCAGACUCUGCUGUAAGUCAUAGAAAUAACGUGAAGAAGUCAUUGUUCAGAGUUCACUGGGAGCCACCGGGAACGAGUCUAAAUGGAACAAUCACAUUCAGAGCCACGUUUGUUGAGUCGGUAAGGGUCUUUUGGGUAAAUGUCACUUUACCACUUACGACACCAUCACCAACAACCCCCAGCACAAGUACUGAAGCAAGCACUACUACAGUUCCACAGACUACCAAAGCAGAAACAGGUGCUCCAACAGCAGGUUCUACAACAUCUAUUGUACCAACCACUAUACCAAAUAAUUCAACAAAAUGCAACAAGACAGUCACUGUGCUCAUGGUGAUUGACAGUGUUUUGGUGGUCCUAAAAAUGGAACUGUCUAAUAUCAUCAUAUCCACCAUCAUUAACAGACCCUUUUCAAGUCGUAUGGAUAGGAUGUCAAAGAUACUUUGCCAUGUGGCUUGUGAAGCAGUUGAAGUAUCUUCCUUGGUUUUGUCACUUUCAUGUAAAUACUUAAAGGACAAUGUCUUUCCUCUGCUGUGUGUGGUGCUCGCCAUAAAUGUUUUGGUGGUCAUAUUGACCUUUCUGCCACUCGGACCCAGUCAUGAACUGAAGGAGAUCUUUGACAUCAUGGCCAAAAUGUUUUCAGUCUUCCAUGGAGCUUUUAUAAUGGCUUGCAUCUGUGUUGGUUGUUUGGAGUUUGUGGACAGACAGAACAUGACAGAGUUUUGGACUCUCUGGGUGUUGAUUGCUUACACCAUGGGGAUUCUCCUGUUUGUUGUUUGGGCUGUUGUCGUGUUCACUACACUAAGAAGUUCCACCCUGCGGAGCACAAAUACAGGGUGUUCAAGAAACAAGAGAAAGAAGAAAAAGAUGGUUAUUACCUCCAUUAGCUUCAUCAGUGGAGCAGUUGUUUUUGCUGUGAUCCUCAUUCCUGGGAUACUAAAACUUCCAGGAGAGUAGGCUUAUGAAAAGAUGAGCUGGUACUCUGUUUGCAGUGUAAGUGGCUUUGGAAAUGAGUUGGUCUGACACUGAUGCAAGUAUCCCUGUUUGCCUCUGAAAAUGCAUAAAAUUAGGUACUGGUUGUAAGCAAGCAUGCUAGUCUGACCACUGAUUUGAUGUCAUGAUUUUAUUGAUUUCAUAAAGGUAAACAAGACAGCACUAGUAGAGAUUGUUCUGUUAUCAGUUAGAGAAAAAAGUGCUCAUCUGUUUUUUCCUUCUAAGAGUAUAUCUAUUUUUUUUAAAUAAUGCUGGCAUUGGAAAUGUUUUCGGUAUCUAUGCCUCUGGGUCUGGGUGUAAGAAUCAGUAUUUGGGUUAAAAUAAAUAUAUCUGAACAUCUGUACAUUUCAAAUCAAUUGAUUACAUUCAUAUAUUGUUGCAUAUAUUUAGCUUUUCUAAAGGUUGGUUAAGAUGUAUGUUAAUACAUGUAAAUAAUGAUUCUGUGCCUGUUACUUUAGCCACUGUGCUUCACAUGUUCCACAUCUUAAAGUUAUUAUAAUAUAAAAAGCUAAUGUGAAAAUGCAGGGCUGUCUAUUUUUUUUAUCUGUCACACAGAACAGCUAUCAAACCAGUUAUUGUUAUUUUCAACAGCUUGAUUAUUAAUUAUGGUUAACAUUUCUAAGAUUGUGUUUUUAAUUUUUGAAAAAAACCUUCAUUAGGAAAGGUUGACAACACUCAAACAAAGCCAAGCCACUGAGAUAACACUUCAAAUGUUUGUUUAAGUUACACUUGCCCAGUAUCUCUUCGCACCAGGCACCAUGAAGGAAUGUUUUGGUGAUGAGAUCAAGGCCUCAGGGAGGAAAUAUGAGAAGUGUGCUUCUCUUAUAAGGGAAACAAAAACAACAUGGAAAAUGUCAUGCAGCUGAAGUUCUGCAAAGAUUUUAAACAGGACCACAACAAUUAAGCCCUCACUGACAUAAACUUCCUCUUGUGUUAAAGGCCAGAGCCAAGCAGAAUGAAUGAUUUCAAUCUAAAUGAUAUCACAUGCAGUAAAUGGAUCAUAAAGUCUGCGUCAGUCUGCUGAUCUCAAAUAUGAGCAUCAUGCACUGGAAUUUUUAGGCCAUAAAAAUGUUCACAGUUCAAUGUCUAAGCAUGAAUAGAGCAUGUCUUAGUAAUUCACAGGGCAUAAUGGGCACAUUUUUCAUCAUUUUAAAAUCAUACAUUUUUACGUCAGACUGUAUGGUCAUGAGUAAAUCAGUCUGUCUGUGAGGCAAACAUACAACAGACUUAAAGCUCUGUCGGGAGAUUUUUGUCUGGUUCUACCCGAGACUGAAAUUUUAUCCUGAGGCGUCAUUGUGACCUACAAAAAUCAAACAAAGCUAUCAAAAACAAGCUGACAAUUUUCUGUCAGGCCAUUUAAUUGUAUGUAACCACUGUGGCCACGAAAGUGUCAAAAAAGUAAGCAGAGGUGGGUACAGUUAAUCAGAAAAAUCUACAAUGUUACAGUGUUGUUUAGCAGAUGCUUUUAUCCAAAGUGACAUACAGCUGACAGGUUGACAGGGCUCAAACCUGAUACUGUACUGACUGGGGUACCAUUGAUCUCCCAUACCAGUCAGUGGUGUAACCCACUGUGCUAUCCAGCCCCUAUCUAAAGAGUAACUUAACCCUUAGAUGACUUUCUUCAGUUGGAAAGGAAUGUAUUUUGGCAUUAACUAGUGUUGCCGAGUAUUUCAGCCCUGACUCUCAACAUUUGAGCACUAAAUUUUGGGGAGCAGAUGGCCUAGUGAUUAAAGGCACUCCCCAUGUACGCGGGGGGCCCGGGUUCGAAUCUGGCCUGAGGUCCUUUACCGCAUGUCUCACCCCCACUCUUGACCCUGUUUCUGACUCUAUCCACUGUCCUCCUCUAUCUAAUAAAGGCAUAAAAAUGCCCAAAAAUAAAUCUUAAAAAAAAAAAAACAAUUUGAACACUUUAUCUUGGUUUAAAAUGUGCACAGUGACUGCCCGCAGCCCACUACAGGUUAAAACCAGGCCACUGUAGCAAAAUGUUUUGAUUGGCUAAGCUGGUACCAUCUGACAUCAUCAAAUACUUGAGAACCAAGCAUAGUGAAAUUGUGCUGGUGUAAAAGUUUGCAUUGACCCGCUACAUGCUCUAAAAUAUUAUUUAGUGCAAAUUAUAUGCGUUACAAAAAAAAACAUGUAUGUAAAGCCCUUUACAAGAAGUGAAGAGUAUUUCCUUUUAAACAGCAAGAUGGGAUUAUUAUUCAAAUUUGAGGGCUAUACUUAAUAUUAGAUUCAUGUCAUGCAUUUUAUGUUAACAUUAUCUGCUUUGAGAAAAUGUACUUGUUUAAAUGUGCUGCCAUUGCCAAUAACAUGUAAGCUACUUUGUGGAUGCUAACAUUAGCUAGUGUGAUAGCAUGCCAACAGUAGCCUACAAUAUCCAGUAAGUGAAGAAUAUGUCAUUCUUUGAGUGUUUGAAAUGUCCAUCGUUCCACACACUUGGACAGUUUUGAAUGUGCCGAUAGUAUACUGCAUUUAAGUAUAUUUCCCAGCGUGAAUGCAGUUUGCGCACCUGUGUGUGAGAUCCUGCAGUCUGCUGCUGUGGGAGAGACGCCAUGGAUCAGUUGUACAUUUUUGAUGCACUCUAUUAAAGAAAAGAACAAUC